UUCAACUGGAUUCAAGAUUCAACAGAGAGGAGUGAGCUCACCAAAGCAACAAUUUUUGAAACCUUAAAUACAGCUAUCAGCCUUCAUUCACUCUGAUUUAACACUUCCCUCUCACAAAAUUAUCACAUUUUUUUUGUUUUGGGAUUGAAAACAACAACUUUCUUGUCUCAUCUCAUCUUUGUUCGACAAAUUGUUCUCCUUUCCCCGGGAUCAAUUUCUGCUUUUCCAUCUCAAAACUCCAUCUUUUCUUGGUGACUAAAAAUGAAAUCUUGUUUUGUUUUUCCGACCCCUCUUUUUUAUUCAUAGAAUCUAAGACCGAAAACAAUGGCUGCUUUUUAAGAGUAGUCAUUGAGUUUUUGGGGGAGCUGUGGAUUUUGAGUUUGAAUUUACGAGAAUGUCUGAAUCCGAAGCUUCAGAAAAUGAUAUGAAUCUGAGGUCUUUGGCUCUGACUCCAACAUGGUCCGUGGCUUCUGUUUUGACCAUGUUUGUUUUUGUUUCACUGCUUGUGGAGCGAUCAAUUCACCAGUUGGGACUUUGGCUGAAGAAAACUGACCGGAAACCUUUGCUUGCUGCUGUUGAGAAAAUGAAGGAAGAGUUGAUGCUUCUCGGGUUCAUAUCCCUUCUCCUCACUGCAAGUUCAAGCAUUAUAUCAAACAUUUGCAUACCUUCGAAGUUCUAUGACAGUGCGUUUGCCCCAUGCACAAAGAAAGAAGUUGAAGAGGAAACAGAAAAUUUACAGGAGCGUGGACUUCUGAUGACCUUCUUUGGUCAUCGCUCACACAGGAGAGUAUUGAUGGAUCUAAAUCAGAAUACUUGCUCAGAGAACAGCGAACCGUUUGUGUCAUAUGAAGGACUCGAGCAGCUCCAUAGGUUCAUUUUUGUUAUGGCGAUUACACACAUAUCAUACAGCUGCCUAACAAUGUUGUUGGCAAUUGUAAAGAUUCACAGUUGGAGAGCAUGGGAGGAUGAGGCUCACUUGGACAGGCAUAACUCUUUAAGUGAAAAAACCAGAGCAAUGACACUGCAGAGGCAAUCAACUUUUGUGAGACUCCAUACAUCAACUCCUAUGCAGAGGAACAACUUUUUCGUUUGGGUGACUUGCUUCUUCCGCCAGUUUGGGAGUUCAGUUGCUCGUGCAGAUUACCUUACCCUUCGACAAGGAUUCAUCAUGAACCACAACCUCACAUCGACAUAUGAUUUCCACAGCUAUAUGAUUCGUUCUAUGGAAGAAGAGUUUCAAAGGAUAGUUGGUGUCAGCGCUCCACUCUGGGGAUUCGUUGUAGCUUUUAUGCUGUUCAAUGUAAAAGGAUCCCAUCUUUACUUCUGGAUUGCACUUAUUCCUGGCACCCUUGUUCUACUUGUUGGCACAAAGCUGCAACAUAUCAUAGCAACCUUGGCACUAGAGAGUGCGGGAAUAACUGGGAGUUUUAACCGACCUAAGUUUAGACCCCGAGAUGAACUGUUUUGGUUCAAGAAGCCAGAGCUGUUGCUGACCUUGAUUCAUUUAGUCCUGUUCCAGAAUUCAUUUGAGCUCGCUUCAUUCUUCUGGUUUUGGUGGCAGUUUGGCUACAAGUCUUGCUUCAUAAGGAACCACUUACUAGUGUAUUUACGAAUAUUUGUUGGGUUUGCAGGGCAAUUUUUGUGCAGCUACAGCACCCUACCUCUCUAUGCAUUGGUUACACAGAUGGGAACGAACUACAAGGCAGCUCUGAUCCCACGCAACAUACGAGACACAAUCCACGGAUGGGGAAAGGCAGCUCGGAGGAGGAGAAAAAUGGGCGCUUUCACAGACGAUUCAACCAUCCACACAGAUACUAGCACGGUCAUGUCAGUCGAGGAAGAUGACCAUCAGUUAAUAGAUAGUCCCCGAUUCGCCCCUCAGUCAGCUACAGAAAUCGAGCUGCAACAAACCACGGUUGCCAUCAGCGAUGAUCAAUCCCCACCAUCUGCUAACGAGGGUUCAACUCUGGUUGGUACACCUCUCCUCCACUCUGCUUCUGUUUCUUCCCCGGUGGCACCGAGAUCUUCCUCCAUGCCGCGGUAGUAAUUAUAGUUUGCUGUUAAUACUUCUACAGGCAGUAGUUGUAACAUACACACUUUGGUAGAUGAAAACAGAUGUGAACAUUGAGAACGUUGUUGUAUCAGAAUCUACAAAUCCUAUAGAGUGAGAGUGAAUGAAUACUAGUUUAGCUUAAAUGCCUCAUAUCAUUUUCCACCUCCAAAGAAUUUUUGUUCUGUGUUUUCAAGUUUAUGUUUAA